AAAUAUGAAAAUGAAAUUAAAAAAAAAAGACGCUGUAGAAAUAAGAAAAAGAAGAGAAAAAAGAAAAAAUGUUCUAAAAAGAAGAAUAUAAAGAGAGCAACUUCUAAAAUUACCACUAUUGACAUGGGAAAAGUUGAAAAUCCAAGUCCGCAGUCAAUUGGAGUUAUUGAUUUCUUAAAUGAUAUCGAAUGGAUUGGACAAAUAUCGAUUGGAACUCCGCCUCAAUCAUUUCUGAUAAACUUAGAUACAGGAUCGGCAGAUUUAUGGAUACCAUCAAUAGAUUGUAGUAAACAAUGUGCGAAUGAUAGAAAAUUUGUUCCAUCUAAAAGUAAAACAUUUAAAUCCGUUGGAACAAAAUUUGACAUCGCAUAUGGUGAUAAUACAAGAGCCAAAGGCUUUGUAAAUGAAGAUAUACUUCAAAUUGGGAAUAUGAUUAUAAAAAAUCAAAGAUUUGCUACUAUAAACGAACAAAGUGCAACUUUAGCCGCUGAUGUUAUUGACGGAAUACUUGGCCUAGGUUAUGAUGGUUUAUCAACAGUUCCGGGAAGUACAACACCAUUUACGAAUAUGGUAAACCAAAAAUUGAUACCAAAAAAAAUAUUUUCGGUACUAUUAAGACCAGCUCGUUUAGGUUCAUCCCUCUUUGGUGGCGAGUAUUUAUUUGGUGGAAUUGAUCCGUCAUUAUUUACAGGAGCAAUUACUUAUACGCCUGUGACCAAAAAACUAUUUUGGCAAAUUUCAAUUGAUUCAGUAGAAUUAAAUAAUAGUGUAUUAGCAAGCAAAAACGACGUUAUAGUUGAUACUGGAUCUACAUUAAUGGUGCUGGGUACUAAAGUCGUAAAGAGCAUUCAUGAUAAAUUAAAAGGAAAACUUGAUUCUAAAACAAAGACUUGGCAAGUUCCUUGUAAUUUAUCUAAAAGUAACAAAUUAUCCAUUAGAGUUAAUAAAGUUCCCUUCUUUGUUGAUACUGCAGACUUGAUAAGAGAACGUGUUAACCCCAAGUCAAAUGACUGGUGUUAUUCUGGAAUAGCCUCAACUGAUGAGAAUGUAUGGAUACUUGGUGGCGUCUUUCUAAAAAACGUUUAUGCCGUGUUUGAUCAAGAACAAAACCGUGUAGGAUUUGCAAUUCCAAGAUAUCCUAAUUUUUUUUUUGUGUAAUAAUAUGAUAGCAGUUUUUAAUUCCAUAAUAAUUUUUAAUAUUUUGUACAACCAUCCACAGUUCAG